GAAAUGGACGCCCCUCUCUCCACCCCAUGCAACAUCCAGAUUUGCGAGGUCACCUGUGACUCCUUCCGCAUCAUGUGGGACAUGACCUCGGAGGACACUGCCCGAGCCACGCACUUCUUCAUCGACCUGAGCCGCAAAGAGAGCAGGGACCCCAACCGCUUCAAACACAGGGAUGUGCCAACCAAGCUUGUGGCCAAGGCCGUUCCUCUCCCCAUGGCAGUGAGGGGACACUGGUUCCUCAGCCCUCGGACAGAGUACUGCGUUGCUGUUCAAACGGCUGUCCGACAGCCAGACGGUGACUACCUGGUGUCAGAGUGGAGCCAGGUGGUGGAGUUCUGCACUGGAGACUAUGCCAUGGAACACCUACAGCAGCUUCUUGACAAGGCAAAAGGCUCGGCAGGGAGGCUGCUGAAAUUCUCCGUGUUUUAUCGCAACCAGCACACCGAAUACUUUGACCACGUCAGGAGGGAAUGUGGAGGACUGAUGCGUCCAGCUCUGAAAGACAACAGUGGGAGUCACGGUUCUCCCAUUAAUGCCAAACUACAGGGAGUCUUCUUCAGCUGCAACACUGAGUUUGACACAGGUCUACCUCCAAAAGACUCCCCUUACGGCCCGCUGCGUUACCAGAUCCCAGCUGGACACCUGCUGAACCCUGACAUCUGUCUGUACUUUGCAGACUUCUACUGUAUGUACACAGCCUACCAUUAUGUGGUGUUGGUGCUAGCCCCUGUCGGCUCAGAGGGAGAUACCUUCUGUCGCACCCGCCUCCCCAUGCUGGACUUGGCUGCCAACCCCUUCCUGACAUACACUGCCCCCCAGAGGGAAGGGGAAGAGCCUCUGUUCUGCCACUCCAGCGAUGUCAUCCUCGAGGUGCUUUUCACAGAGCCGGUUCAUUUGGAUCAGGGCAGCGUGGAGCAGAUCAGGGGACAUCACCAGCUGAUGAGUCUGACCACAGCCAAUGCCAAGAAAGACCCAAGCUGCAAAGUGUGCAACAUUAGCGUGGGACGCUGA